AAAACAAAAGUUCUUUUGAUCAUUACUAAGGUAAAUUGAUUUUAGACUUUGAAUAUACAAAAUCUGUUAUAAAUUUCUAAACGUUUUAUUUUAGCCUUUAAAACAAAAUGCAUAUUUUAAAAUGCUUAGUUGCCAACCAAAUACAUGUUAAAAUCUUUACAUUUAUAACCUGUUAUAUUGUACACCUGUUGCAUUAAUAACAUUUAUAGACAUGUUUGUUUUAAAUAUGCAAAACUUUGUAUAAAUGUAUCUAUGUAGUAGACAAUAAUAUAAACUAUGCAAAUGUUACUUUUUCAACAAUCUCAAGAUAAUAACUUGUGAACUAAAGGAGAUUGAUAAAUGUUGAUAAUAUUCUUGCUAACAGAUUGUAAUAACAUUUCAAAUUAAUGUUAUGUUAACCAUCCUCCACCAAAUGUUUUAACAUUAUUGAUUUUCCCCCUGCCUUAAGGUUGGCAACGCUAUAAAAAAGGAAAAAUUAUUCAUUCAUUCAUUGGUGAAAAAAAGCAAGAAAAAUUUGCGUGUUGCGUAGUGAAAAUUAUAAUUUUUAUUUAAAAACUAAUUAAAUAAUUGCAAAUAAAUAGGAUAAUUAUUCAAAAUCUAUUAAAUGCAUUAUAGUGUAGUAGUACAACAUUAUGUCACAAAAAUCUUGCAUAGAACUUAAUGAGAUACGUAAAUUGGACGAAAUUCUACGUCAGUGUGAGAUUUACGUAUCGAAGAACAAACAGACUCCUCUACUAGAGACACGUAAAAAGAAAUUUGCUCAUCAGAUCUUAACCUCUACCAAGCUGCAAAAAUUUGUGGAACGUGAACUUUUCUCGCUUAUGUGCACCGCCAACAAAAUGAAUAAGAAAAGUAUAUUUGUUUCCGACAUUCUAAUGAACUCCAAUUUGUUGUCCUACAAAGAUGAAAAUGGCAAAUAUUUUUUACGCAACAAUUUCCAAAAGACCCCGAAUAACUUUCGUAUGUACCAUAAAAUAGUACGUUCGAAUAUUGAGGAUGACGAGGAUGAGUUCAUGUAUCGUAAGUGUGCUAAAAAGGAAAUUUCACAGAAUUGUUUGGAAAACAUUAAAAACUGUUUGCAUGAGAAUCUAAAGCAGGGCAAGAAAUAUGGCUCGAACACCUAUGAAGCCAUACAGCAUAAACGGAAACAACAACUUAGCAAGCAACAACAAGAACAGGAACAUGAACAACAGCAGCUGCAGAGGGCACAGCAACAACAACAGCAACAAUUGCCUUCACAAGUCCAACAUGCCCAUUCGCAUUUAACGUCAUUGGAAAACUGUACGAUGAAAACAAUGAGACAACCUAUGGAAACAGUGGUCGGUGUAGGACCCGGUAUAUCCUGUGAUAAAUGUGAAAAACAACGCCAUAAAGCGGUACUUAUACAGACCGGUUCCGAUAACAUCAGUGAAAAGAGUCGCAAGUUCAAUAAAACAGAGGCUCCUUAUGCCAGCAAAGAUCAUGGUUUUUCGAAAUCUAUAGCGCAAAGCAGCUGCCAGACUACGCCUGAGGAAAAACGAAAAAAUCUCAACAACAACAGCAAUAGUCGCUAUAAAUUCUCCUCGCAAAUAUUUGGCCGCAAACUAUCGUCAAAACAUGUCAGCGAACAUGGUGAGGACACAUUAGAUAAGGAGGCUUUAUUAAGUCCAAAAAUUGAGAUUAAAUUUCCAGAUCCUGUUGAGACGGUUUUGUCGCUGGGGGCAAAUGUUUUGCCCGAACAUAAAAAUAUGACCGCUAAGACACAUCGUUGGACUAUUUUACAUUAUUCCCCAUUCAAGGCUGUCUGGGAUUGGAUCAUUUUGAUUUUGGUUAUGUAUACGGCAAUAUUUACACCAUACGUAGCUGCAUUUUUAUUGGGUGAACAAGAUUAUCAGAGACGUACCAAUAAGUAUAUUAACAGUGAUCCUAUAGUUAUUGUGGAUCUUAUAGUUGAUGUCACAUUUAUUGUUGAUAUAUUAAUAAAUUUCCGUACUACUUUUGUUAAUGGGCAAGAUGAAGUCGUUUCGCAUCCGGGUCGCAUAGCAGUCCACUACUUAAGUGGUUGGUUCUUAAUCGAUUUAGUUGCGGCCAUACCAUUUGACUUACUCUUGGUAGGCAGUGAUACGGACGAGCUUGGCUUGGAUAAUGAAGAGACUACAACACUGAUUGGUCUAUUGAAAACAGCACGUUUGUUGCGUUUGGUAAGAGUUGCGCGUAAAAUCGAUCGUUAUUCGGAAUAUGGAGCAGCAGUUUUGGUAUUACUGAUGGCUACUUUUGUCCUAAUUGCCCAUUGGUUGGCUUGUCUAUGGUAUGCUCUUGGUAAUGCUGACGUAUAAUGUUAUCCAAAAAAUAUAGGCUGGUUACAUACUUUGGGAAAUGAUAUUGACGAACCCUAUUUUGAAAAUAAAACCGGUGGUCCUUCUAUCAAGUCCCGGUAUAUAACCGCGCUAUAUUUUACAUUUACAUCCUUAACCUCGGUGGGAUUCGGUAAUGUGGCUCCAAAUACAGAUGCAGAGAAAAUUUUUACAAUAUGUGUUAUGUUGGUGGGAUCCUUAAUGUAUGCUAAUAUUUUCGGUAAUGUUUCGGCCAUUAUACAACGAUUGUAUUCGGGUACAGCCCGCUAUCAUACACAAAUGUUAAGAGUGCGAGAGUUUAUAAGAUUUCAUCAGAUACCCAAUCCUUUAAGGCAGCGUCUAGAAGAAUAUUUCCAACAUGCCUGGACCUAUACCAAUGGCAUUGAUAUGAAUUCCGUUUUAAAGGGCUUCCCGGAAUGUCUACAGGCUGAUAUUUGUUUACAUUUGAAUCGUAAAUUGUUACAAAAUUGUCCUGCAUUUUCCGGUGCUAGUCCUGGUUGUUUAAGAGCGUUAUCACUAAAAUUUAAAACCACUCAUGCGCCGCCUGGUGAUGUUUUGGUGCAUAAGGGUGAUGUUUUGACCUCUUUUUUUAUAGCCAGAGGAUCAAUAGAAAUUCAAAAGGAAAAUACAACUAUAGUUAUAUUGGGUAAGUAA